UUUGAGCAACAAGGAAGUUGUUGCUGACACAUCGAAUGCAGAUAUGGGUGACGGUUUCAGUUAGCAGUAGAUGUGACAAAGCAGCUUUGUGAAACAUCUAAAGCUCACUGAGAGGGAAAAUGGAAACAAGUAGAUAUACCAGUGUGAUGGGAUUCCUCUUGAGUGUUGGGAUCCUUUUUCAGGGGUGUGACUCAGCGGUAAAAUGCAGGAAUGACAGAGGAGACGAAGUUGACUGGUAUAUUUUGUACAAGCGUCCCAAUGAGGAUAAACUUGGAUUGUCAUACUUUUACAUGGAUGAGAGCACCAACGGAUGGAUACUCAGCCAAGAGAACAUCAACAGUGAUUCUGGCACUCUCGCAAACACCCUGAGACCUCUUUUUGACUUCUAUGACAGAAAGAUCGAAGGCUUUGGAUACAUGCUGUACAGCGACCAGCCUCCAAAGCCGUAUGUUGCUCCUCCAUCGUUUGGUCACAGUAAAGGAGUUGUGUUGUUGGACAAAACGUCUGGAGUUUGGCUUUCACACAGUACACCCAAAUUUCCAGUAUAUCACAGUAAAGCCUUCUGGCCUGAUAAUGGAAAUGCAAACGCUCAAGCAUUUAUGUGCGUGACUUACCCGUAUGAGCAGUUCAAAGAAAUAGGAGUGCAGCUCAAGUACAUCCAUGCUUAUUCGUAUGACUCUGAAAUCCCAACAACCUUUCACAAUGAGCUGCGGUGUGUGGCACAGCGAGACUGCUACCCGAAAAAGGAACCCUGGUUUAGUCAGGCGACGCUGACUUCUUCACGCGGCCGUAACUUCAUCAGCUUUGCAAAAUACACACGCUUUGGUGAUGAUCUUUACUCUGGUCUUGUUACAAAAAACAUUAGGGGGAAUCUGUAUGUUAAGAGCUGGGGAAAGAUGCACCACAAUCGCGGUCUGCCUUCUAACUGCAGUUCAAGCAUCCCUAACCAUGUGUACAACGUGAAAGAAGUAAAGCUUCCAAACAGGAGGGCCUUCAGUGAUACUGUGGAUCACUCAAAGUGGUGCGUGACUGCAGACGGUGACUGGAUCUGCAUCGCUGAUAUGAACCGAGAGGAGAGUCAGAUGAAAAGAGGUGGAGGAGCAAUAUGCACUAAUGACAGAGUAGUUGGGAUGGCUUUCUAUAGACUGAUACACAAUUUUGAACCAUGUAAAGAUCCACGCUCUGUUGGUAGACAAGAGCUGUGAAGGAACAACCCGAGUGUUGGACCAAUAUUAUAAAAACCUCCGUUUAAAUAAGCACAUCAGCUCAGCUGUCCAGUCUUGACUCGUGCAGCUUUAGGUUCAGUUUGUUUCUAAAAGAAAUCCAGAGAUGGUUACAGAGUGCCUGCUUUUGUCUUUUCAUUGUUCGCACGACUGGACCAAAAUGCAGCAAUCAGAGUUGUUAAAUGUCUUGAUCAUGUUGUUUCAUUUUUUUAAUCUCUUAUUAAGUUUUGUUUUUAUUUCCUAUCAUGUCCUGUGAAGCGCUUUGUAACUUUGUUUUGAUAGGUGCUAUAUAAAUAAAGGCAUUAUCAUUAUUAAGAAAAAUCAA